AUCCCCACGUGGUUUCGACUCCUUGUAUAAAAACUUUGGGUGUGCGGAGCCCCUGUUGUCGUGAUUGCAAAGGGAGAAAAGGGUCUCAGUGAGCAGCAGCAGCAUCUUGCAGGACGCACGGAGCCUGACCAUCUACAGCCGGACACGGUACCCAGGCGCAUACACAAAAGACGCGGGACUCACCGAGAGUUGUUGUUCUCUUUUGGGGCUGCAGCUGUAGCAGUGGAGUUGUUUGAAUGGGAAAGAGCCGAUUGAACGCUAUUGUGGAAACCGAUUUUUUUUAAUUAUUAUUAUUAUUUAGUUUUAUCCGCGAGGCAACGUUUGUUUUGGUAGCUUACGCGUCUGAGGUGAACGUGGUAUGACAGAAGCGCGUCAACAAUCAAAACUGAGUGCGCCUCGCAGUCACAAAGAUGAGCUUUUAUUUUGUGCAGAGAAAAGACGCAUUGCUGGAUAACAAGCUGAAUGCAUAAUGACUGGAGUUAAUUAGCCUCACAGUUUCACUCUUGUAUGAUUGGGAAUACAAAGAUUUCAUUCUUUGGAUAUCUUGAGGCGUCUCACUUUUUGGAGCACAAAGUGGAUGUUCUCCCGGAAUUUGCAAAUCUGUAAAUUAAAACUAGCUUUAACCUCAGUGUGUGUGUUUAAUAUACCACAUCCACCCUUCUAUUCUCAAAGCAUCUGGACUGUAAUCUCCAAAAAUGAGCAUACACAGUCUGGUUUUGUGUUUAGUUGCGUGCCUUCUCUCCGUGCGCUGCAGCUCGGUGACCGGGACAGAGACUCAGAGCUCGCCCCAGGAGUCGUGCGCGUCAUGCGGCAUCAGAGCACCAGAUCAGUCGGAGCGGAUGAACAUAGACUUCUUGGAGGCGGUGAAGAGACAUAUACUGAGCCGGCUUCAGAUGAGAGACAGACCCAACAUCACCCAUCCCAUCCCGAAAGCUGCGAUGGUGACGGCGCUGCGGAGGCUGCACGCCGUGAAAGUGCGAGAGGACGGCCGGGUGGAGAUCCCCAGCUUUGACGGACAGGCUGCAUUCAACAACGAGGUUCAAGCGGAGACCUCAGAGAUUAUCAGCUUCGCCGAAUCAGAUGAGCACACAUCCUCCAAGUCUGGUCUGUAUUUCCUCGUAUCCAACGAGGGCAACCAGAACCUGUAUGUGUCCCAGGCGAACCUGUGGCUCUACUUCCGUGUGUUGCCAGCUGGUCCUGAGAAGGGCCUCCGAAGGAAGGUGACUGUCAAGAUCCACUACCAGGAGGCUGGGGCUGCCACUGGUACAGAGGGAGGCCCGGGAGGUGGUGGUGGAGGGGGAACAGGUCGAUGGGCCCUGGUGGAGAAGCGGGUGGAUCUGAAACGCAGUGGCUGGCAUACUUUCCCCCUUUCGGAGGCUGUGCGGGCUGUGUUUGGGAAAGGCAGCCGACGGCAGGACCUGGAGGUCCACUGUGAGGGCUGUGAGACAGCCGGCGUGGCUCCGGUUCUGGUGGACCCAGGUGACCAAUCCCACCGACCCUUCCUGGUGGUACGUGCGAGGCCGGUGGACGGAAAGCACCGCAUUCGCAAGCGGGGUCUGGAGUGUGACGGUACUAGUGGGGGCCUUUGCUGCAGACAGCAGUUUUACAUAGACUUCCGCCUUAUCGGCUGGAACAACUGGAUCAUUGCACCUGCUGGUUAUUAUGGCAACUACUGUGAGGGCAGUUGCUCGGCCUUCAUGCCAGGUGUACCGGGCUCGGCUUCAUCCUUCCACACUGCAGUAGUUAACCAGUACCGCAUGAGAGGGAUGAGCCCUGGCUCGGUCAACUCCUGCUGCAUCCCCACCAAGCUCAGUACUAUGUCCAUGCUCUACUUUGACGAUGAAUACAAUAUCGUUAAGAGGGAUGUGCCCAAUAUGAUUGUGGAGGAGUGUGGCUGUGCUUGAGUCCACACUUACCCUUCAUAACAUUUGAACUUGGAACAGUAAGAAAGGCCUUUUGUACAAACAGGACGUUAUUGUACAGUACACAUAUACAAUAUAUCUAUUCCUACUGUACGUGCAAGCAACAUGCGCACUGGUACAAUCUAGCAAACACAAGUAUCAGUGUUGUGUCCAUGUGUGCGUGCGAGUGUGUGUAUUUAUCAGAGUGACAUGCUUGCUGUCCGAGUUUUGUCCGUUUGGCUACGACUCGUCAGCGAUGGGACGAGAAGGGAAUGAUUAUCACCAAAUGAUACUUUGCUCUAGUUUGCCAUUUCUAGUCAAAAAAUAAUGGCUCAUCAUCUCCUCUUGAAUGAAGAUAACAAGCGCUUAAGGAAAGUGACAGGAUCGGCCGAUGACAUUAUUGGCUUCACCCCGACGCUCCCAACCCCGCUCCUCCAACCCUCUUAAGUACUUUAAGCACAUGACAGACUUUUGUUUUUUUAUAAAGCACUGACAAUUCAUCAGCUUAUACAAUUCAGAACACCAGCACUUCCCUACUAUGCCGACAGACACAGUCUGACUGUCCUCUCUGGUGGAAUUAGACCGGCAGCGCUUAAUGCCUUGCAGGAUUAUACCCCUCCGCAGAAAAAGGCAAAAGAAAGUCCUCCGCAGGGCUGCUGCUGCCGCCGCUGUUGUUGUCAUUCUUGCUGUUGACUACGGGCCUCAACCUCAACUUCCUGCCUAAGAGCGCUGCAGGCCCUGCUACCAUGACAACCAGGUGAAGAUAGAUCUUAUAAGUGCACUUCACUUGUGCACUGGGAGCAACAGAGAGAGAACUGCUUUCUCCUGCGCCCCCCCCUCACCGCCCCCGCCCUCCCCCACCCCCCCCUCCAAGGCCCAGUAGAAGUGGGCUCGCGGACGUGGAGACUCUAGUUUUUGCCCAGUGGGUCGCCACAGUGCAGUGCAGCACUUGCAGAAACUGAAAAAUGCACACCCUGAAUAGCACUUGUAUAAAGAAAUGCCUUCCAAGGGGUACUGAGUGUCCUGUCCUAUCGCUAAUUAAGUGCCACAUGAGCUAUGCAAUGUAUAGUAACCUAUACCCAUACUCAACAUGCUCUAUUAGACUGAAUUCUCUUUCCAUCUUUGUCUUUUUCUCUCUCUCCUUCUUUCUCUCUUCAGUCCUCGACUCUUUAUCAAUACUUGAAAUGUAAUCUUUCGCCUCCUUUCCAAAGCGAAUGAUUGUUGUGACGUUUGCACUGAAAAGUUGCGGGAUUAGUGAAACAAAAACUGCCAUUGAAAAGUUAUUUUUAUAGAAGUAAAUUGAAUUUUGUUUCAAAUGUAUUUUACCUAAUUAAUGGAACCAAAGAGGCCAAGAUUUUAGCUAUUGUACUAAGAUGGCAAGGCCAUGGAGUUACUGUGUACAAUAUUGUUUUUGAUCAUUUGCAAUAGGCCUACCACUGUAUCAGGGUACGAGAUAUGAUUUCAUUUCUUAGCUCUAUUUUCAUUCUCUGUUUUGUACAAUAAGCAACACUUCAUUUUUCAUCUUUAAUUCUAUUUUUGUUUCAGUUUUCUAUUUAAUAAGAAAGUUAUUUUUA